CAGGAGCAGGAGCAGGAGCAGGAGCAGGAGCAGGAGGCCGGUCAUGUGGAGCUCCUCUCCGGCUGAUUCCGGAUCAUUCAGCGGGUUAAAAUCCACUAAACAUCAUGAACGGAGCGACUAACGUCCACUUCCCCUCGGGUCCGUACGGAGGAACCGGCAGCAGCGCGCCGCUCGCCGCCCGCCGGACCGCGCCCAUCGUGUGCGAGCGCUGCGGCGAGGCGUGCCGCGGGGAGGUGGUGCGCGUCAAGAACACACACUUCCACCUUCACUGCUUCACCUGCCAAGUGUGUGGCUGUGACCUGGUCCUCUCUGGUUUCUUCCUCCACUCUGGUGAGUUUCUCUGCACCGACGACUUCCAGCGACUCCACGGGACGACGUGUGACGGAUGUCAGCAGCUGAUCACUGGAGAGGUGGUGUCAGCCCUGGGACGCACCUACCACACCCACUGCUUCACCUGCUCCACCUGCAGGAGUCCGUUCCCUAUAGGAGACAGGGUGACCUUCAUUGGGAAGAAGUGUGUGUGUCAGCAGUGCUCACACACUCUGAAAAGCGACAAACCAGUCAAGGUCCACGGACCGAGCUCCUGUGCGGGCUGUGGGCAGCAGAUCCUCCAUGGUGCGUCCCUGUUGGCUCUGGGGUCUCAGUGGCACGUCAGCUGCUUCAAGUGUCGGACCUGCAGCUGCACGCUGACCGGAGAAUACAUCAGCAAAGACGGAGCUCCGUACUGUGAGAGAGACUACCACACACAGUUUGGGAUCAGGUGUGACACCUGCAGCAGGUACAUCAGCGGCAGAGUGCUGGAGGCUGGAGGGAAGCACUACCACCCGAGCUGUGCGCGGUGUGUUCGCUGUCACAUGAUGUUCCUGGAGGGAGAGGAGAUGUACCUGACAGGUUCGGAGGUGUGGCACCCCGAGUGUAAAGAAGCAGCUCGGCUGGAGAGGAAACUGAGGCUGAGACGAAGCUCUGAGACGCCGUCUCCUCAGGGCUCCUCCCCUCUGCUGGGCUCUCCUCACCACCUCCUCUAUUCUAAAGUGGACGGGGACGUGUUGGACUAUAAGCAGCUGGCUGCGUUGCCGCGGGUUACCGCCGUUUAUGACCUGCAGCGUCCUGACAUCAUCCCUCAUCAGGCCGACCACACACACACACACCUGUCUGAGGACACACACAGCCGCAGACAGUCUCUGGGCUCGUUGUCUCCGUACGCUCAUGAUCUGUUGGAUGGCGUGGAGUUGAGAGCGCGGCGGCGUUCUUCUAGCUCCGCCUUCACCGACUCGCCGUCACACAGCCGUCAUGGAGGCUCGCCGCUGCAUUGUUACCUGCCCGGCAGUGAGAGUGGGAGGAGUUCACCGUAUUACAGCGAGGCCACGCCCCCCGCCGUGAUCCACGGCCCCAAGCACUUCCAUGUGCCAGCCUCUGAGGAGACCAGCCUCUACAGGAGACCUCCGAUCUAUCAGAGACAGGACUCGUCCUCGUCUCCGUCGGCCCUGAAGACUCGACCCAACGAGAACCUGCUGACCUCCAACGGCGUCUACCACCCCGCCUCCAACUACUAUCCAUCCAGCGGCUCGCCCAAAGUCUCCAGGGUGAGGAGGUUUUCUUGUGGAGGAGAGGAGGAUGGAUGGAAUCACAACAUAAACAAGGUUAUCGGCAGGUUGAUCCUGAAGGAGGAGAUGAAAGCUCAGAGGAGCAGCAGGUGUAGUUCCUCCUGCAGCAGCAAGGAGGCGCUCAACAACCAGGAAUACAGCUCUCUCAACGGCUCUCCCAGGUCUCUCUACAGUACAGACAGCGACUCGUACGUGGCCAAGUCGUCGUCUCUGCCCGGCUACGGCAGGAACAACCUGAACAGGCCGGGAAACGCCGGAGCAGAUUAUUAUCAGUACGACAGCAGUAACGACGUCAACUGGCAGAUCAGAGAAUACAAGAUCUACCCGUAUGAAGCUCUGGUGGUGUCGGUCAGAGGACCUCAGCGUCUCCCGGCUGACGUGGAUCGAGCUCGACUCGAGCGUCACCUCUCACCGGACGACUUCCUCAGAGUCUUCGGCCUGAACAUGUCUGCCUUCGACCGCCUCGCUCCGUGGAAGAAGAACGAGCUGAAGAAACGGGUCCGACUCUUCUGAAGCUGCUCCAGUCCCUGGAAGCCUCUCUCUCGCUGAGGACACAUCAGAGCGUCCCUGUAUCAAAUCAAAUCAAAUCAAACUUUAUUUAUAUAGCGCUUUUCAUACAUAAAAAUGCAACACAAAGUGCUUUACAAAAAGUAAGAAAAAACAAACAAUAAAAAUGACAAAACCCACCCCUCCCUCCCCCACAUACACAUCUGUAGGUAUACAUACACAAACAUGCACACACGCAUUUAGUCAUGCACGCACACAAACACACUCAGACUCACACACAGCACAUAUUGAUUGACAGUGUAGAGACAUGGCAAGGCUCCGAGGAUCCAGAUGAGGAAAAAGCAACCUGUGGGAGCCUCCACACUGAGAGGUGGCAGAGCCCACGGCCAUAGAGGACGCCAUCACAGAGACCACCAGGACCCGGGUAGACCACCAGGACCCGGGUAGACCACCACCAGGACCCGGGGAGACCGAGGCGGACUCCACACAUGGUGCAGAGCCGCCCAGCCCCCCGGGCCCAGGGAGUCCCCAAGACCACAUCCCCACGGGCAGACCCAACACACCCCCCAGUGAGGAGGCCCCCAUGAGGAAACACUGGAGCUAAAGACUAAAAGACUAAAAGACAACAGGACAGAAUAAAAACUAAAAGACUAAAAGACAACAGGAUAAAAAACUAAAAGACUAAAAGACAAUAGGACAAGAUAAAAACUAAAAGACUAAAAGACAACAGGACAGGAUAAAAACUAAAAGACUAAAAGACAAGAUAAAAACUAAAAGACUAAAAGACUAAAAGACAACAGGAUAGGGUAAAAACUAAAAGACUAAAAGACAACAGGAUAGAAAAUAAAAGAUAAAAACUAAAAUACAACGGGAAUAAAUAAAUAGUAAAAUAAUCAGUUAAAAGCUAGACCAAACAGGUGGGUCUUGAGCCUCCUUUUAAAAACAUCAACAGUCUCUGCGGUCCUGAUGUCCUCUGGCAGGCUGUUCCAAAGGCGUGGGCCAUAAUGGCUGAAUGAUCCUCCCCGUGGGUUUUAGUUUUAACUCUUGGAAUGAUUAAAAGGCUGGUGCCAGAGGACCUCAGGACCCGCGAGGGUUGAUAUGAUAAAAGCAUAUCAGAUAGAUAAGAUGGCCCAAGACCGUUAAGACAUUUAAAAACUAAUAAAAGAACCUUAAAGUCGAUCCUAAAACACACGGGGAGCCAAUGCAGUGAUUUUAAAACCGGUGUAAUGUGCUCUCGCCCUCUGGUCCUCGUCAGCACGCGUGCGGCUGAGAUGUGUAAUAAUUGUAGGUUGUGGAUGCUGUUUUUGGGAAGACCAGAGAGCAUUACCGUAGUCUAAACGACAAGAGAUAAAAGCAUUACAGUAGUCUAAACGACAAGAGAUAAAAGCAUUACAGUAGUCUAAACGACAAGAGAUAAAAGCAUUACAGUAGUCUAAACAACAAGAGAUAAAAGCAUUACAGUAGUCUAAACAACAAGAGAUAAAAGCAUUACAGUAGUCUAAACAACAAGAGAUAAAAGCAUCAGCACCUCCGUGCUGGCCUGGGAGAGAAACGGGCGGACUCUGGCUAUGUUCUUAAGAUGGUAAAAACUUAUCUUUGUUGUAUUUUUAAUAUGAGGAAUAAAACUUAGCUCAGAGUCAAAAAUGACGCCCAGGUUCUUUACACAUUGUGAGGUUUUAAAAUCUUGUAGUUUUGGUAAAAGUUUCUCUCUCUUGCCAUCAGGACCGAUGACUAAAACCUCUGUUUUGUCCUGGUUGAGCUGUAGGAAGUUCACUGCCAUCCAUGACUUGAUAUCUAAAAUACAGUUUAAAAGGGAAUCAAUUGGCUCAGUGUCAUCAGGAGACACGGCGAUGUACAGUUGUGUGUCAUCAGCGUAGCUGUGGAAGCUGAUGCCGUGUCUCCUGAUGACGUCCCCAAGGGGAAGCAUAUACAGAUUAAAAAGAAUUGGACCUAAAAUUGACCCUUGGGGAACCCCACACUUGAUUUCAUGUGUUCUGGAGGAGCAUGUAUCCAUACUUACAAAGAAACUUCGAUCUGAGAGAUAAGAACUGAACCAGUUAAAAACAGUACCAGAGAGGCCGACCAGGGUUCGGAGUCUGUUUAAUAAAAUGUGAUGGUCUACGGUAUCAAAGGCGGCGCUGAGAUCCAGUAGAACCAAGACUGUUAGUUUCUGUGAAUCUAAAUAACACCUGAAGUCAUUUAAAAUCUUUAAAAGAGCUGUCUCGGUACUGUGGUUCAUUCUAAAACCAGAUUGAUAUUUCUCUAAAAUGUUGUUUCUAUUUAAAAAAUAAUUUAACUGGUUAAAAACCAGUUUUUCGAAAAUUUUACUUAAAAAUGGUAAGUUGGAUACAGGCCGGUAGUUAUUUAAAAUGUUGGGGUCUAAAUUACUCUUCUUCAGAAGGGGCUUCACCACUGCCGUUUUGUAGGCAGUGGGGAAGACACCCGUCUGAAGAGAGCAAUUCACAACAUUUAAAAUCUGUUCCUCAAAGAAAGCAUAAAAUGAUUUUAAGAGCGAUGUGGGAAUUGGAUCUAAAAGGCAGGUUGUUGGGUUUACUUGGGAGAAAACUCGACCAAGUGUCCUUGCAUCAACCAGGGCAAAACUCUCCAGUGUUUCCUCAGAUAAGAGCGAUGGUUCAGGUGUGUAAAAAGUUACAUUCUGGGAUAAAAGACUGGAUCUGAUACCAUCGAUCUUACUUCUGAAGUGGUCUGCAAAGUCCUCGCAGAGGGCCUCUGAUGUAGCGGCCUGGUCCUCUCUCACCACGAGACGAGACCACCAUCUCGUUUGGCUUCCAGACAUUCAUUUUGGACUCUGGUAUUAAUGCCAUUAAUUGUACAGUCAGUCAGGUUGUUGCUCUCUCUCACACACCAGCCUGGUCUCACAGGAAUCUGUGAAAUAGCCACGGAUUCGCUUAACUCAAAAUCCGUGGAAUAGCCACGGAAUCACUCAAAUUUCCGUGAAACUGACACCGAUUUGGCUACAAUGCAAGUUAAUGACAUUUAUAUCCCGUGGCUAUUCCAACAUACAAAGUGAUUAUGUACAUUCACUGAGUGAAUAUUUAGAAAAUAAAACAUAUAUUUCUUGCUAGAACUGUCCGCCAUGUUUUUUGUUCUGACCGCCGGGACCUUGAAAGUCACGUGACUUGGAACAAACCAAUAGGAACAAAUAUCCAUGGAAUAGCCACAGGAUAUGACUGUCAUUAACUUGCAUUGUAGCCAAAUCCGUGUCAGUUUCACGGAAAUUUUAGUGAUUCUGUGGCUAUUCCACGGAUUCCUGUGAGACCAGGUUCCACACACACACGCACAUCUGGAAAACAUCAAAUGAAAAGACAGUGCAGGUUAGCUUACUUAUGACUAGCCAUUUUGUAAACAAAAAUAAAAGAAAAACACUGUCAACUUUUUACGGAAAAGUACGGGCUCAACCGUAAGAGAGCUAUAUGUUCAAAAACACAACUUAAAGUUAAACCAGCCCUUUGUAGUGAAAAUAAAGUCAUUGAUAUGGAAAAUGACGGAGCUCAUAGCUGCUGCACCGACCAGGGAGCCACGAGGGUCCGACUGCUGCUGCCCCGCGGGGUUCACCACCCUAAACCGCAGGGGUGCUGCGUUUAAUGACUAUGGGACAAACAAGCUUGCGUGUUGAGAGAUGAGUUUUUAUAUGGCAAGUGGAAUCAAAUUUCUUAUAAACUCCGUUACAUCUCGUCUUCUGAGGACGUGUCGGCCGUCUAAACUCAUGUGAAGUCAGCUGGACGGAAAAUGGUGAAAAUAAAAAACCCAGAGUGGAAGGAGAGGAAUUGGAAGGAGAGGAAACGGAGCUGAAACCAACAGGAAGAAGAGGAGGAGCUUGGACCAGCAGGUGGCGCUGCAGACUGACGGCUGCUGGAUCCAGUUUUACUCUCAUAAACGGAGAAUAUUCUCUUUAAUAUUAGGCAAACAUGUUGAUUUAUUUGACCUUUCACCCCAAAAAUGUAGUUACUGCUCUCAGUUUUUGCUGUAAAAGGAUUUAAUAGUAAUACACAAACAGAGUGCAGUAACUAAAAUGUUGUUGUCUUCUUUCAGCUUUUAUAUUUAGUUUUCAGUGAAUAAACGUUUUCAAAUUGAUUUUGUUAUCAGUGAAUUUAAAAGUUUUAACAACUCUUCAAAGAUUUCUGUAUUUUAGACUAAAUAUUAUAAAGUUAUGUUAUAUUUAGGGCCACGGGGCAAUCGCACCGAGCACUGUUGUUUUACUGUGGAUUUUUUCUUCUUCCUCUUCCGGACGCAAUUUCGUCCCGCUAUAAAUUUUAUAUCAAAAUGUGCGGUUUGAUCGGGAUCAGUAUGCUAUUACUUUUCUCUACGGAAUAUGAAUUUUUUGCAACUUAAGCCGCAUUGAAGUGAAUGGGACAG